AUAGGAACUAACUUAUUAUUGCCGGAAUGAGUCUUCAAUAGUCGUCUCAUUAGACGUCUCUGAUCGAUACAUCCACGACAAAGUCUUACACGACAAAUCCCACAUAAUCAAUGGAGCAGCCUACAACGAAGAUGGUUCUAGGACGACUGGUCGGCCGUGACGGUGGCGACGAGGUUGCUCACAAAAUCUUCCACAACCCCUUUUGACGGUUCAAUUCUCAACCUCCCCUAUUAAACCACACCCUCAAAUCAUCCACCCCGAACCAUAUAUAGUACCAUACCCACCUCCACUCUCCCACUCUUUACGACGGUCCCAAGUUUUUACUCUCCGGCGACGCAGCGGAUAUCGCACCGCGUUCCGUUGGAUGGGUCAAUCGUCUUCUGUCCAUGGGAUUUAUACGGAUGGUUCAGACUGCUAUAGCCUCAACCCAAGCCACCACCGGACCACCGGCACUGUAGUGUUGUCAAAUGAAAGCCAAACUUCCUUUUCCGAUGGUGAUAUCGUCGAUCAAGACUACAUUUCUGAACUUCCCGACGAAUGCUUGGCGAUUAUUAUUCAGUUCCUGAGCUCCGGGGAUCGGAAACGAUGCUCCCUCGUAUGCCGGCGGUGGCUCCGUGUGGAAGGCCAAAAUCGCCAACGCCUCGCUCUCAGCGCCCAAUCCGAGCUCAUCCAUCACAUCCCUUCCCUCUUCGCCCGCUUCGACUCAGUAACGAAACUCACCCUCCGAUGCGAUCGCCGAUCUAUCAGCAUCAGCGAUGACGCAUUGAUCUUAAUCUCCCUCAAAUGUCGUAACAUCACGCGUCUCAAGCUCCGUGGCUGCCGCGAACUUACCGACAUCGGAAUGGCCGCUUUCGCACAAAAUUGUAAGAAAUUGAGGAAAUUUUCCUGUGGAUCUUGCAUGUUUGGAGCCAAAGGCAUGAACGCUUUGCUCGAUUACUGUUCAUCUCUCGAAGAACUCUCAGUCAAACGCCUCCGUGGCAUUAACGAAGGGUUCACUACCGAACCGAUCGGUCCCGGCGUGGCGGCUUCAUCCCUCAAAACUUUGUGCCUCAAAGAGCUUUACAAUGGUCAGUGUUUUGGACCUUUAAUUAUUGGGUCAAAGAGUUUGAGGACUUUGAAUCUGUUGCGUUGUUUUGGCGAUUGGGAUAGCCUUUUGGAAACGAUUACGAAUCGGAAAAAUAGUUUGGUUGAGAUUCAUUUGGAGAGGCUUCAGGUGAGUGAUAUCGGUGUUUCCGCCAUAUCGAAUUGCUCGGAAUUGGAGAUUUUGCAUUUGGUGAAGACACCCGAGUGUACGGAUGCUAGUAUUGUGGCUGUGGCUAAGCAUUGUAAGUUGUUGAGGAAGCUUCAUAUUGAUGGUUGGAGGACUAACCGCAUAGGCAAUGUCGGGUUAUUUUCAAUCGCUCAGUAUAGUGCUAAUCUUCAAGAGUUGGUACUUAUUGGUGUAAACCCCAGUUUUAUCAGUAUCGAGGCAAUGGUUUCCAACUGUCGAAAAUUGGAAAGAUUGGCGCUUUGUGGUAGUGAAACAAUUGGGGAUGCGGAGAUUUCAUGCGUUGCAGAGAAAUGUGUGUCAUUGAAGAAGAUUUGCAUCAAGGGGUGUCCGGUUUCAGAUCUGGGGAUUGAGGCAUUUGCUUGGGGCUGUCCUAAUUUGGUGAAAAUUAAGGUUAAGAAGUGUAUGGGAGUGACUUGCGAGGUAGCUGACUGGUUGAGAAUGAGAAGGGCAUUGUUGGGAGUUAGUUUGGAUGUGGGUGAGAUUGAAGCUGGGGCAGCAGAUGCGAGUGUGAGUUUUGGUAGAGCACAAGAGGAUGGUGUGGAGAUUCCACCAGUUGUGAGCGGAGUGACUGGUGCUGCUAAUGCCGAUGCUGAUGCUACAUCAAGUAGCAAUAGCAAUGGUCGAUCAUUGGGGUUCAAGUCAAGGUUUGGACUCUUUGAAGGUAGGAACCUGGAUCCUUUGAUUGGUGUUAAUGCUUCUGUUAGUAGUUUAUUUGACUUCAAUACUAUAAGAAAAAUUAUGGAGAAAUUUGCUGCAUAUGUCUACUAUGUUAUUCCCACAGAAUUAGAAGUGCUUGAUUUUUAG